GAUAUAAUUUUUCCUCACUACAAGAAAAUGGCUGCGGUGAAGACAGAGGUGGAAAUUGAGGACGAGAAUUCUCAUAGUCCUGUUUUGGAAAAUAUUGUGGACGAAAACGAUAUUGAGAAUUCCAGUGAAGCUGCAGAUCAAGCUAAGAAGAAAAAAAAGAAGAAGAAGAAAAAGAAAAUAAAUACUGAGGAAGGACAAACAAUCUUAGAAAAUGGAGCCAAGGAUUGUGUGACAGAAGUAAAUGAAAAGCUUGAAAAGACAGCAGUGAAAGAUGAAGAUGUGGAGUCGCCAGAUGCAGAUAAUGAUGAUCCCAAGAAAAAGAAGAAGAAAAAGAAGAAAGGUGGAGCCACCAAAGAGCAGACUGAUCCACCAUCCAUUCCAGUCAGCGAACUAUUUCGUGAUGGCACUUUCCCAGAGGGAGAAAUAACAUAUUAUCCAUCAGAUCUAGACAACCGCACAGCAAAAGAUCGCACUUCAGAAGAGGAAAAGAAAUCUUUAGAUCGUGCUCAAACAUAUUUGUACCAAGAAAUGAGACAAGCAGCUGAAGCACAUCGCCAGACUCGCAGGUACAUGCAGAAGUAUAUAAAACCAGGAAUGAAUAUGAUUCACAUUUGUGAAACAUUGGAAGAUAUUGCACGGAAACUGAUCAACGAAAAUGGUCUGGAGGCAGGAUUAGCUUUCCCAACAGGCUGCUCCCUAAACCAUUGUGCAGCUCAUUAUACACCCAAUGCUGGUGACCCAACUGUGCUGCAGUAUGAUGAUGUCUGCAAGAUUGAUUUUGGGACACACAUCAAUGGUCAUAUCAUAGACUGUGCCUUUACUCUUGCUUUUAACCCCAAGUAUGAACAGCUGCUUGCAGCUGUCAAAGAUGCCACCAACACAGGGAUUCGUGAGUCGGGAAUUGAUGUUCGAUUGUGUGAUGUUGGAGAGAGCAUUCAGGAGACUAUGGAGUCUUAUGAAGUCGAACUGGAUGGAAAGACAUAUCAAGUCAAACCGAUACGCAAUCUAAAUGGACAUUCAGUGGGUCAGUACCGCAUCCAUGCUGGAAAAACGGUGCCAAUAGUCAAGGGUGGUGAUGCAACAAGAAUGGAAGAAGGUGAGGUGUAUGCUAUCGAGACAUUUGGCAGCACUGGGAAAGGGGUUGUGCAUGAUGACAUGGAGGUAUCCCACUACAUGAAGAAUUUUGAAGUUGGUCAUGUCCCUCUCAGGCUGGUCAAGUCUAAACAGCUUUUGAAUGUGAUCAACCAAAACUUUGGCACCCUGGCAUUCUGUCGACGUUGGUUGGAUCGUUUGGGCCAAAGCAAGUACCUCAUGGCUCUGAAAAACCUGUGCGAUGUUGGCAUCAUCGACCCCUAUCCACCGCUGUGUGAUGUCAAGGGCUGCUACACAGCACAGUUUGAGCAUACUCUCAUCUUGCGUCCAACCUGCAAGGAGGUUCUUUCUCGUGGAGAUGAUUAUUAAUGCAUUCAUAGGUCAAGAUGCAGAGGUUUCUUAGCUUUUUCUGUGACAGUUGGCUUGCACAUAUUAGUUAUCCCAUCAUGUUGAUUUCUGUGACGUGUAAUACUUUAAUGAUAGCAAAGAUUUUUUUCCCUUCAUACUUGCAGGGUGGUGUAUUUUUUUUUAAUUGCUUGUUUUUACUUCACAACCUUCAAAAACUGUUGUGCUACUGUAUAUGAACAUGUACAUUCUUCCAAUUUUAUUUUUUGAAAUGUGAAAAGGAAUAUUUUGAGAAGAGAGCCUUUUUAUAGAAAGGUCGCGCACAUCCAUAACCUUGUCUAGAGCUUACUUGAAAGAUUUACUUUGUGAAUGUAUUCCUGAAGAGUAGAAAGUGAGUUGUGGAAAAGCCAUUAAAAAAGUAUACUGUCAUAGGCCAUGUCUGAAAUAGACCCUUAUAAUAAUUGUCUGGACUUUCUAAAAUGUUCAGUAAAUUACUUGGUGCAUUGUAAUAAAUUUUUGUAAAAAAUAAAAAAUACAAUGGCU